AUGAAAAAAAUAUUUUUCUGCUUCCUACUCGUCAUUGGCAACUCAGAGACUCUUCAUUGCAGUGGUCAUGAUGUCCAGCAGAGAGCGACUUCCAAGGAGAUUAAUGUAAUUUCAAAAAGGGAGGAAGACGAAAGGCUCCUUAACAGUGAUGUGUGGGGCACUGGAAAUGGUUCCAUUGGGGGGUCGGCCCAAGGCCGUGAGUUCAGAAUACUAACUGAGGGCACAGACGGAGGCAGCACGUACGACAGCGACGGGGAAGACGACGAUGACGAGGAUAGUGACGAUGAGGAAGAAGAUGAAGAAGACCAAGACAGUGAUGAGAACAACUUUGAAGUGCCCAUAAAUUGCACAGAUGGAGAGUGCCUCAACUCAAUGGACAACAUUAACAAAAUAAUCGAUGAUAAAAAAAAAAAAUUAAAGAAUAAGAAGAAGAGAGGAAAACCUGUGCAAAUAAUAAAACCAAAUGUAAAUCAUACCGAACUGAUAAUCAUUGAAGAAAAUCUAGAAAUUCUUAAAACUAUCGAAAAGCCAAUCGCAAUCGUAUCCGUUUUGGGAGAUAUGCACACAGGGAAAUCUUUCCUCCUCAAUUUGCUUAAUGAACAUGUGGUGAAGGACAUCAGCAAAAGUGAAAAAAAUAUCGAAAAAGGAUUCAAAGUAGGAAACGAUAUUACAGCGAGUACGUACGGUAUAUGGAUUUGGUCACAGCCAAUUAAAAUCAGCGUGGGAAAAUUAAAAAAAAUGUAUGAAUAUAUUGAUAAAAAUUUCACCAAUUUUGUAAAAAAUUAUGAAUACGAGAAGGAUGAAUAUAAUGAAGAAAUUAUUGAUUUGCUGAACUUGUACAAGACAGACGACUGGAUUGCCAAAAUUGAUGAAUUAAAUUUGUCCGAGUCAGAACAAGUGAAUUUAAUCCUAAUGGAUACGCAAGGGUUGAACAGCCCAAAUGUGAAUAAGCGCUAUGAUGAAAUAUUAUACGCCCUUACCAAUUUAAUAUCCACUGAUAUUAUCUUCCUCACGAUGAAGAUGAUUAACAAUAAGGACUUGGAGUUCAUAGAGAACAUCACUAAGGAUGCAAAUUUGUUUAUGCUCAGAGCGUACACCCGAUCCAACGGAUCCACUUUUUCCAUAAAAAAAAAUAAUUUUGACAAAAUUCUAGACCACAUGGAUCAUAUAGAAAAUAACUCUCUAAUAUUGGAAAGUAUCGCUUCGAAGAAUUUGAUGUGGGUGGUCCACGAUUUCAGUCAACGCCUGGAUGUGCGAAAAGGGAAGCUUUGGUUGGAUAUUUUAUUAAACUCCGACCGGAGAGAUCUGGACAUAAAAUAUUGGAAGAAAAUAAUAUCGAAUAAGAGUAAGGAGAAGUACGACGCCUAUACGACAAAGCAGAAAAAAAUUGCGUACCUCAGUUACUCCGAUGGUGGUGCUUCUGCUAAGUAUGGUGGGGAGCAUACUGAAAGCGUCGCGGGGGAAACAUCUUCUAACUACAAAUUGAAUGUUCUGUAUAAAAAUAUAGACUGCGUAUUGCUCCGAAAUAUGUACAACAACAAGGAGUUCGAUUUUACUAAUGCUAAUUUGGGCGAUCUGAAUGAUGAAUACAAGAAUGACGUGAUCCUACUCAGAUAUAAAAUCUACCUCCGAGCUCUUAUGUUUCCAAAGAAAACGUAUUCUAAUGUGCAGAUGAAUUACAUAAUGGGAAAAAUCAAGAAGGAGCAGCAGAUGCGCAAUCAGAAGGAGGAAAAAGGAGGGGCCGCAAAGAAAAGCAAUGAUGAUGGAGAAAGCAAUAGCAGUAAUUACGGAACCGAGGUGAGCAAUAGAUACAUGUCGGGGCAAGAUGUGUACGACUUCAUCACGUUCUUAGUCCGAUCAGCCAACCAAAACCUCUUCACAAAUGUGAAUCAAUUUUUUAAGCAGUUCAAAAUUAACAGGGCUGAAAUCAGCAGAAACGAUUUGGUAUUUCUGUACAAAAAGUAUCUCCUACAAUUUAUGGAAAAUGAGGAUGUUGAAUUUAUUAGCUACAUGAACGACGAGGGGGAUGACUUAGAAAGUAGUCUGUCAAAUAAAUUCAGUUCACAUGAGAGGAAGAGCACCUUCGAGGAGGACGAUUUUUUCAGUGACGACUUCCCGGACGAGGAAAAAAAAAACACUGUGGAGCGAACCGAUAUGUAUAAGCUCCCACCACUACUGAACGAAAUUAAAAAGUACGAAGAACUGAUAAGGGAACAGAUUUUAAACAUCUGGUAUAAGUACACAGAGAGCGAUUUCCAUGAUGAGGAAGAAAAGGAGCUAAUCAAAGAUAUCGAAACGAAUUUGUAUGAAAGAUUGGAUCAAAUAAAAAACGAAAUGGUUGAAUUAGGAGAAGCCAAUAUUAAGAAGUUCUGCAAAAUUGCAUGUGAAGAUGCAUUGCAAAUUGUCGUGGAGGACAUAAAAAUGAAGAGUGAUCAAUAUCCCAUCAAGCAGAAGGAUCUCAUGAACUUCUUCGAAUCGGUUAGCUAUAAUUUGUUGAAAUAUUUGGAAAAAAAAUUGUCCAAAAAUUCAGAAAAGUUAGACCUAAUAUAUUAUAAGGAUGAAAUUUGCACCCCUUUGAUAAAUAACACAUUCCAAGAAUUUUACUAUUUAAAAAAAAAAAACAUUACUUUGAAUGAAAACCGUCUGAAGUCUCAUUUCUCCAAUGCAGUGUCAAAGGGUAAGGAAGUCUUCGAAAUGUUGGCUGAAAGUACAGAUAACAUAACCGAAUAUUUCAAGAGCAAGAAUUUGUUCUAUGCAAUUUUGGACAAGUGGAAUGCGGAAGCUGUUAACGUCUAUAUGACCUCGCUGAGUGAUUUUUCAAAGGAGGAAAAAGAAAUCAGUGAUGAAUAUCUAAUCAUUCUUGACAACGAUAUAAAAAUUCUGAAGCAAAAGGCCAUGGAGAAGUGGCAUAACCAUUGUAAGGACAAAACCAACGCUCUCUUCAACAUGCAUAAGGGAAAUUUGAAAAAAAAUUUCCUCGAAAAUUUUAAUUUCCCAUUGGACGAAUUAGUACUACAAGAUAUAUUCCUAAGCCUUAAGGGUCAGGAAGAAUUGAAAUACAUGGAUAUCUACUGCUCCAAUGAGGAAUCCUGGCAGGGAGAAUACAAGAAAUUUCUCCUACUAACAGAUGAAGUGUACAAAUUUAUUAAGGAUGAAAAUUUGAAAGCUAUUCAGAUAACUUGUCAGCAGCCAUUGGACGAUUUAAAAAAUGGAAUAAAAAACGAAAUCCAUAAAUAUUAUCUGUGGAGAUCUCUAAAAAAUGAACUGUACAAUAGAGCACUCGUUGUACUCUCCAGUAACAUUGAAAAUAUUUAUCUGAAAAAUCAAAGAGAAAACAAAAUACAGUCAUCUAUAGAGGAAAAACUUUCCACAAAAAAUACACACUAUAGAAGAAUUUCGAAAGAAUUAAUGAGUAAAGUUAUAAACAGAUGGUUAAAUAAUGAUAUAUAUAAUAUAUACUACCCUAUUAUCAGGAAACAAUUAAUCCAUAAAAUUAUUUGCUACUUGGGAAUGUUGAUUUUGUUGUUCAUAACAUGUCUAGUGUUAUACUUUAAAAAAUUUCAUAUCAGUUUUCUCUUCUUGAUAAUAAUUUCGCUCUUCAUGAUAUUUGGAUAUGCUCAGAUAUCACUGUACGUGAAGAAGUUCUUCCGACAUGUGGUCUUCUACUUCUACGAAGGAAUUGCCAAUGUCUUUGGAACGGAGGGGGCCAUAAUUUUUACCAUUCUCUUCAUCAGCGUAACGGCUAUUUAUCUGUACAACUAUCAUAUAGUGAGGAUUAAGAAUAAGGUGGCAAAAAAUACAAAGAAAAUUUUCCAGUCACAAAAUCUUAUGAAUCUCUCAGGCAUGAAUGGAUUUAAAGAUAUGAAUGCUAGCCAAAAAAUGAGAAUAUUUAAACCGAAUAUAAUGAAGUAUUCAGAUUACGACAAUAGGGAUGGAAAAUACCUCACGUCAAAUCUCACGCAAGAUUACAAAAUGCACAAUGAUGCUUCUCAGUUUAUUGACGUUAAGAAUAGAGGAAAUCGAGUCAAUAAGAUGGACGACUACCCACCGUAUAACAACACGAGCAAGUUUCAGCGACGCUCUUACUUGGAUUAG